AUGGGCCCACGGAGGCCUGCAGGAGCCCGACAUCUCCUCCGUAAGUUUCCCAAGAGCGCCUUGGCGAUACCCAGCCUCCACUUCAGCUGCUGCCAUUCUUCAGCGCCUCACCUGGCCAUGGCCGUCCGCUACAACCGCGUCCACAUCCUUCUAGAGAUCCUCAAGGCCAUCAGAGACUUCCCGGCCAGUGAGUGGGCUGGCUAUUUGGACCGCAGAGGGUGCAGCCGCGUGGAAGGCGGCAAAACGGCCCUUCACGUGGCCUGUGAACUGGCCAGGCCCGAGUGUCUGCUUCUGUUGCUAGGCCACGGGGCCUCCCCUGGACUAAACGACUGCACUGGCCUCACGCCCUUGGACCUCCUCUUGCAGCAGAUCUGGGAGAGCCCAGCGGCCAAUCGGCGUGCCAAACUGCUCCUCCUUGACUCCCUCUUCCUCUUUGUGCCUCAGGGCUUCCGUUUCUCGAUGAAGCAGCGGCUGCUGGACGACCAGCAGCAGUGGCAGGACCUUUUAGGCCAGAACAGGUUCCAGUGGCUGGCAGGCCUCGCCCCGCCUUCUCUCUUUGUCAAAUCCAUGCAAGUCUUAAUUGGGACCAUUGCGCCGGGUCAGUUCCCAGAGGCUCUGGACGCCUUGCCUUUACCUCACUUUCUGAAGCCUUUGGACUUGAAACUGAAAAGUUAAAAUAGAACUCUGGGGCCUCUUCUCUCCUCCCAGUUCCUGCUUGUGUGGUGAAAACUGGGGGUUUUUUGGCCUGUUGUGUGGAGAACUUUAAUGUAAACACUGUGUGGGAGAGGGGGAAGCCUUUGUUUGAAUUAGAACCUUUUUAUAUAUAUAAAUAUAUAAAAAGAC